ACUUUCACAUUUAUCUGUCCAGUGCAGACAUUUGAAGGAUGAAAUGGCAGACGCUGCAUCAUUCAGAGACGAAGUCUCGAAUCCAGUGGCCCAGAAACGCAGCAGUAUGGAACUAUUGCCCCCAAAGAUGUCUGAAAGUCCUACAGAGAUAAGGAUUGUGCUGCUCGGCAAGAAUGGCUCUGAGAAGUGUGCUGUUGGAAACGUCAUCCUGGACACAGUGGCAUUUGACACCAACUAUGUACAAAACCACUGUGAGAGAGUCAGUGGUCAGGUGGAGGGAAGACACAUAGCUGUGAUCAACACUCCAGACCUGUUAGACCCUCACAUGUCACAUGACAAACUCUCAGAGGAUCUGCGUUGGUGUGUCACUCUGUCUGACCCGGGACCUCAUGUGUUCCUGUUGGUGCUGCAGCCUGAGGAGUUCACACAGGAAGAGGGAGACAGAAUCAGGACAAUCCUAGACACCCUCAGUGACCGGUCCUUUGACUACUCAAUGGUAUUGACAACUCAUGAAGACAAGAGGGGACACAUGGAUGAGAAUCACCCUCUGAAUCAGAUGGUCAGAGCCUGUAGAGGGAGGCAGCACCUCAGUGACCGUACUCAACUUAUGGCAGAUGUUGACAAGAUUGUAAAGGAGAAUGGAGGAGGCUAUCUCACCUGUGAUGUAUUUGAAGAGAGUUCAAGUGACAUGAAACAAGGGAAAGAGGAAAUCCACAGGAGUAAAACUGAUGGAAGUCUCAAAUCUUUCUCUGAGGAAGAACUUGGAAAGGAUGUUUUGGAACAAGGUAAAUCAGCACAAUUGGACAAUUGGAAGAAAAUGAGAGAAAUUGGAUUGACGUCAAUUAAUGAAAACCUGGGGGAGCAAUCACGCAGUGGAGAAAAAUAUGAGUCUCAACUCCGGAUUGUGCUUCUGGGGAGGAGUGACGACAAGAAGAAAACAGUGGGUAACAUUAUCCUACAGCAAAGGGCUUCUCCAGGAAUAGGCCUUUCUGCUGGUUUGUUUGGCAAAAAACAGCAAUGUGAGUCAGCCAGUGGGAAGAUGAAUGGCAAAUCUGUUACUGUUGUAAAGACUCCAGACUUAUUUGCUCUGCCUGUGGAGUCCCUGAUGCAGGAGAUGGAGAAAUGUAAGUCCCUCUCUGCUCCUGGGCCUCAUUGGGUCCUGCUGGUGUUGAAGCCUGAGGACUUCACAGAGGAGAACAGAAACACAUUCAAGUUGAUCCUGAGCAUAUUUGGUAAAGAGGCCUUCAAACAUUCAAUGGUGAUCAUUACUCACAAAAAGGGAUUCACAAGAAAUCCUCAUCUGAGACAAAUGAUCGAAGAAUGUGGAGGAAGGUAUCAUGAAAUGUACAAACAAGGAAGUGACCACGAAGAGUUAACUAAAAAGAUAGAAAAGAUGGUAGAGGAGAAUGAAUGGAGAUACCUCACCUCCAAUGAAGAGACGACACAUGAUACCAUGACACCAAAGGCUCAGAGACUGAACGUGGUGCUGUGUGGCAGAAGAGGAGCUGGGAAGACUUCUACAGCCAAUGCCAUACUGGGUCAGACAGAGUCCAGUCCAAAGUCCAGCUCCUCCUCAGUGUGUGUGAAGAGAGAAGGAGAGGUGUGUGGUCGGCCGGUCACCCUCAUCGAGCUGCCUGCUCUGUAUGGAACACCUCUCACUCAGGAGGAAGUGAUGCGUGAGACUUUCCACUGUGUCUCUCUCUGUGACUCUGGAGUCCAUGCUUUCCUCCUGGUUGUACCUUUGGGUCCAAUCACUGAUGAAGACAAAGGAGAGUUGGAGACCAUCCAGAAGAUACUCAGCUCACGAGUCAAUGACUUUAUCACGGUCCUGUUUAGACAGGAUAACAUUCCAGUUGAUAAAACUGCAGUUAAGUUUGUGGAACAAAAUGCAGACACAAAGCAACUGAUCAAGAUGUGCGGAGGGCGAUAUAAAAUCUUUGAUGCGUUGAAGAUUGUUAACGCCAAGCAGACGACAGAACUUGUAGCAGAAAUAGUCAAAAUGAUGGAUCAGAACAGAACCUGCUACACUCUGUACAUGUACAUGGAGGCUAAACACCAAUCAGAACUGGACCAAAACAGAAGAAUCAAGGAUUUAGAGGAGAGAAUCAGGAACAUGUCACAAGGUGCUGAAUUGGAGUGUUCCAGCACAGAGUGCAUAAGGGUGGUGCUGAUUGGGAAAACUGGAAAUGGGAAGAGCGCCUCCGCAAACACUAUCCUGGGCAGAAAGGAAUUUGAGUCUAAACCCAGCACUGAUUCUGUGACAACAGUUUGCAAGAAGGCAGUCGGCAAAGUUGAUGGAAGAACAGUUUCUGUCGUGGACACACCUGGACUUUUUGACACAACAUUGUCUAAUAAAGAUGUUCAGCAAGAGAUAGUGAAAUGUGUUUCCCUGUCAGCUCCUGGACCCCAUGUGUUUAUCAUAGUGUUGAGUAUCGGGAGAAUCACACAAGAGGAGCUGGACACUUUGGACCUCAUAGAGACAACCUUUGGUCCACGGGCAGGAAUGUUCUGCUUAGUUCUGUUUACUAGAGGAGAUGACUUGGAAAAUGAAUCAAUUCAAGAUUACAUUGGGAACAGCAAGAUUGCCAAACUGAAAAAACUGAUCAGAGAUUGUGGAGACAGAUUCCAUGUCUUCAACAACAAAGACAAAACUAACCACACACAGGUCACUGAGCUUCUUAAGAAGAUUAACAAAAUGGUGUCCAUGAACAAGGGCAGUUUCUACACCAAUGACAUGUUCCAGGAGGCAGAGGCAGCCAUUAAACAAAAACAGGAAGCAAUACUGAAGGAGAGAGAGAUGGAGAUAAAGGCUGACAUGGAGAAACUGAAGGUCAACCAUGAAACAGACAUGGAAAAGAUGAAGUCAAAGUUGGAAGAGGAGAGAUUGAAAGUUCAGGAGGAAAGACAGCUUAGAGAAAAAAUGUUGAGAGAGAGAGAGGAAGCUAUUAGAAAAGAGCAUGAAGACAAGGAGAAAGCAGAGAAGGAAGGAAGAGAGUUGGAGGACAAAAAAAGGAAAGAAGAUGAAAAGUUGAAAAAAGAAAUAUGGGACACAGAAAAAGAGAAGAUGGAAAAAGAGAUUAAAACUCACGAAAUAAAGUUGAAAACCCUCCAAAGAGAAAAGGAAGAAGAAUAUAACAUGAGGAUGGAAAAACUGAGAAAAGAAGAGAAAGACAGAGAAGAACAGCUUCAAAAUCAAGAAAGGAAGUUUGAUCAACUAAAAUUGAAACAGGAGGAAGAAAUUAAAAGGAGAGAGAAAGAAGAGGAUGAGAGGAGAAAGAAGGAAGAGAAAGUAAGACAAGAGUGGCAAAGCAAAAUAGAGGAAGCAGAGAAAGGUCAAACAGAUCUCCAAGAGGUCAUGCGUAGAGAAAAAGAGGCAUGGGAGGAACAGUUGAAGAAAGAAAGAGACACACAACAGGAAGAAGAAAGGCUAAGGAGACAGAAGGAGGUAGAAACUCUUGGAGAACAGGAGGAAAAACAGAGGAGAUUGAGAGAGCAGUUUGAAAGAGAGAGGGAACAAGAUAGAAUAAAGAUGGAGGAAUCAGAAGAGCAGAGGAGAGAAAUAGACCAAAAAGAAAGAGACCGAAUAGAAAAACACUUUGAAGAAAAGAGGAGAGAGUUGACAGACAAAAUGACAAUGCAACAAGAGCAGUGGGAGAGAGAACGUAGAGAGGAACAGGAAAGAAGAUUUCAAGAGAAUGUAAAUCGAGGAGUGGAGGAGAGACUAAGACUAAGAAAACUGGAGGAAACAUUUCAAGAAGAACGUGAAGAAGAAAACAGGAGGAAAGAGGAGGAAGAUAAAGUCAGGAGAGAACAAGAAGAGAAGAAAUUGAAGGAAAUGAAGGCAGAUUAUGAAAGGAAAACAAAAGAAAAGAAGGAUAAAUAUGAACAAGAGGCCAGAAGACAUGCAGAGGAAAUGAAUAACUUUAAAGAGAAAUAUGAAAAUGACAUCCAAAAACUAUUGGAUCAACUUGAAGAAGAGAAGGAGAAACUAAGACAAAAGCACAAAGAGGAGUGUGAUCGUUUAAAGGAUCAAUAUGGUGAUAAUGAAAAAGCACUGACUGAUAAAAUGAAGGAAUUGGAGGAAAAACAGAAAGAAGAGAUAGAAAACAUGACAACGGUAAAGGGAAUCGCUAAACAAGUGGUGAACAAAUGUACUAUGCAGUGAGAGUCUUAACUACACGACAAUGUGCAUUAGUUUAAACUAGUCCCAUUCAAAUAAGGCUUAACCCUAUGAUAUUUACUGCCCUAAUACAUAGAUUUGUUUUAAAAUAGUAAUAACAACAUUACUGAUGGAAAUGAAUAUGUAUAUACUGUAUGUAAAUACAACAUAGUACAUAAAAUGUCAAUACCUACUGGACAGUAAUGAUGAUGAUGAUGAGGAGGAUGAAGAUGGUGUAAUAGCUGAAAUAGUAUAAAACUAAGAUCUUUGCUCCACAUUCCUUUAACAACUGUUGUAAAUCACAUGUUUAAACUGCUAUAGCUAUAGAACGAUAACUAUAAAUGUGCAGAAUGUUCACCUGUACUAUCCCAGAGAAAUUGGCAGAGGCUGGACACCUGUACCUGCGUCCUAAAUAGUAGGCUGUUUGGGUAUGCAAAAAUAGAAAUUUAUAUAGUAGCCUAUGUGAAAUUUCUUGCCUACUAAUUACUAAAACGACAUACUGUGUACUAAUCAUACUACAUACUAGAUAGAACGUAUCGUUUAGUAAAAACACAUUCAGAAAGCAACAAAUGUCAACAUACUACUUAUCCGUACUGAGAAGGCUUCAUCUAAUGCGCAAUCGCGAUUGUCCCGCUCCCUUGGUUUAUUUUUGUAGAGUGCGUCCCCUAUUCUGAUUACCAGCUGUUGUCAAACACACUUGUGAGAAGACGAUUCUCUUCCUCAAUAGGGUGCAGUGAAUUCUACUAGAUGAAAGGCCAAAUGAGUAUGACAUCCUGGCAUUUAAGCAUGCUUGAUGUUUGAAAUUUCAACAUACUAUAAAACUCUAAUUUCACAUACACAAAAAGCCUACUAUGUAGAACGCAAGUGUGGGUAUUCAGUCACGGCAAAUGUUUUAAAUGCAAGGAUGUUAUUCUCAUUUCGGUUAAGAAUUCACUGCAUGCUAUUGAGGAAGAGAAUUAUCUUUUCAGACCCAGUUGAGUUUGACAACAGCUGCAAAUAAGAUCAGGGGACGUGUUGUACCAAAAUGAACGUAUGGCAGUAAACAACGCAAUUGGGCAUUAGAUCAGUUUCCCAACCCCCAAGUACCCCCAAGAGCACAAAUUUUUAUUGUAGGCCGGACAAAAACACCUGAUUAACACUUGUCAAGGGCUUGAUGAUUAGAUGACAAGUAGAAUAAGGGGUACUUGUCUGUGUGCCACAGAAAUAUGGUACUACUUCUGGUUGUACUUGAGGACCAGAAUUGGGAAACACUGCAUUAGAUGACACAUUCUCAGUAUGUAUGUCCUAGUAUGUAUGAUCCUAGUAUGUAUGAUCCUAGUAUGUAUGAUCCUAGAACAUUUAUAUUUGUUGCUUACUGCAUUAUUUUUUUU